CUCACACCGAACAUGCACAUGUGCGCGACGCUGUCGUGUGAGAGCCUUUCAGACACUGACACUUGAGAGUCAAAGUCAAGUGCAGUCAGUCCAUUGUGAUGUGUCUGUCUGUGAUGCACCGGCUGGUACGCUGGUCGAUCAGUUCGUCCACAUUCAAACACACACGCCUCUGCCUGCCUGCCUGCCUGCCUCUCUAUCUGUCUUCCUCAUUCACGUGUUGUGCGUCUCUGUCUGUCUGUCUGUCUGUCUGUCCGGAUGCAAUCAUUAUAGACACACACGUGAGUCACUGACUGACAGGCAUUCAUUCGAUGUAUGGUCUCUGCUUGGCGAUGGUCGGGCGGUGCGGCAUGACAGCAGCCGGGUACUUGGCCGUCACCUCGAGCUCAACACACGGCCAGGCCAAACUGCACGCACACCACAACACACACAGAUGCGUUAUAUUCAUUCCUAUGAUGUGUGGUAUGUGCUGUGUGACGCUGGCCUGGCCAGCUGGGUCGGUGUCUGUCUGACUCACUCGCAUGUCUCGGCGUACAGUUCCUUGAGCUGCGGUGUGAAUGCGCGGAAGUCCUCAGGUUUGUUGCACUCGGGGGGCCCCUUGAAGUCCACUGGCGGCUCGCACAGUGUGCCGUUGGCCGAUGGCGUGAAUCGGAGGGGACACACGUGGCGGUAAUCACGCUCGCAGUCCUCACGACACGGAUAUGACAACCCGCACCUGCAUGCUCCAACACACACACAGACAGACAGACAGACAGACACCCAGAAAAACAGACAGACAGACAGACCGACAGACGGACGGACCAUACCCAGAUGGAUCUGUGUAUUGGGCUUUCUGUGUCGUGCAUUGCAAUGCAUUUCACGCCCGCUCAGCCACCUUUCGCAUAGUUGUCGCUUCUGUGUGUGGGUGAAGCCCAGCAGAUUGAUGACAGGCCGGCAGCCGCGAGGCGCUGCACACAACACACACAUGCACUCACAUCAAUGGACAGACAGACAGACACUGUGUGUGUGUUAGUUGUGUUGUGCUUACGGAUGUACUCGUCAGGCGCCUUGCAGGUGCCUUGGCCCACAUGCAGCCACCCCUUACACACACGCAGACAGACAGACAGACAGACAUCCGUGUUGACAAUAACACACACCACACACACCUUCGGGCACAGUUGUUUGUCGAAGUCCUGCUCGCAGUCGACCAUGUUCUCUCUGCAGGGAAAAGGCGCUCCGCACUGCGCGGCAAACACCUAAACACAUACAUACACACAUACAUACAUGCAUCAAUCAACCGCAUUAGUUGACGGGGGGGGCGGUGUUAAAUACACACACGUACGCCCAGCCAGCACCCACCGACGUGCCGGGCCUACUUGCUUCUCUGCAGGUGUCUUGAGGUCGACGGGCUGUGGGUGUGUGCAGGGGCCGGUGUAUGAUGCGGGCGGAUGGCACAUGCCGUGUCGCUCUUCCCACUCUUCCGGGCAGGAUCUGGAAUAGUCGCGCGUGCACGGCUUCUCCUUGCAGGGCCAACUCACCUGCACACACAGCACAGACACGCACGCCUGUCUGUCUCUUUGUGUGCACUGCAGUCAGUGCACCUCUUGCGUGAGCGAAGGUAUGUAUUACAUAUGCAUAUACAUACAGCUGUACGUACGUACGUAUGUGUAUGUCUGCUUGCUUACUUACUUGGCAUGCGGACGAGAAUUGUUCCUUUUCGUCUUUGGAUUUGCCUUGGGGAUUGAAAGUCCGCUCGCAGCCGCCGACGUAUGACUGUGGGGCCUCGCAGACUGCACCAUCGAAAACCCUGCAGUCAGUCAGUGACCCACAUAUAUGGCAUAUAUAGCAGGGAUGCAUUCAGACAGACAGACUCUUGGUGAGUCUCACUCACUCACUGCCUAUCUAUCUAUCCCUCCCUCCCUCUCUCUCACCAUCCGGAUGGACACGGGUUGUCGUAGUCGCGGCCGCCGUGUGGCUUGCAUGCGUCGUCGAGACAUGGCCACCUGAACUUGCAGUCAUUGGCCAUGGUGGCCUUCUGCUGGGGCAGCAAGUCCGCCAGGUCCAAGAUGUACGCACAGUCGCCCUCACUGGCAUAACUCGCAGGGGCUUGGCACUCCCUGCACACACACGCACGAGUGCGUGAUAUGCGUCCAUGUCCCCCUCCCUCCUCUCCGGGCCCCGAUGGCAGCCUGGCUGGCUGGCUGUGUGGCUGACCUGCCGCCCGGCAGUGGGCGCCAUCCCUCUGGGCACACCAAGCUGUAGUCUCUCACACAAAUCGGGUCGGGUGUUGGCAGCAGGCCAAUGGCUUUGGAGCCCUCGUCAGCCGCUCGCUGCACCACGGGUGCACCAAACAGCACCGGAGUCAGCCCAAACGCCGGCAGCUUCGUCGACGGAACCUGGCCGACACACACACACAGACACACAGAUGGGAGAUGACCGACCUCAUGCGUUUGUUUGUUCAUGUGUGGUGCCCGCCUGCCUUGAAGGGUGGGACGAACCCUCCAAUCAGUUCGCUGAUUUGCGAGAUCAGACCGGCCAGCAUGUCAGCGAACAGGUACAGACCGCCGCCAACAUUCGGCACCGAUGCGGGAGGCAGAGGAGCUGGAACCGGCACUGGAAGCAACAUCGU